GAAAAUAGUUGGUUGGUAAGGGUAAAAACCUACUUAGAAAACGACAACCUCGUGUCUUUUAUUUUAUAUUUUGGUUCUUCCUUUGCAGCCACUGCCAGUGUCGAACACCAACCGUUCCACGCUCUAUCUAAAAUCGUUUUGUACUUCUUGUCUCUCUCUUUCCUGUUCCUUCAUCGGAAAUAACAAACAAGCAAAAGCCAGGCCAAGACAUGAGUGAGUUAAAAUCCAAGUUUUUGGAGGUCUACUCUGUACUUAAAUCAGAGCUUCUUAAUGACCCGUCUUUUGAAUUUACUGAUGAGUCUCACCAAUGGGUAGAGCGUAUGCUGGAUUACAAUGUACCUGGAGGAAAGCUGAACCGAGGGUUGUCUGUCAUUGAAAGCUACAAGUUAUUGAAAGAAGGAAAAGAGCUGAGUGAUGAUGAAGUUUUUCUUGCAUGUGCCCUCGGUUGGUGCAUUGAAUGGCUUCAAGCAUAUUUUCUUGUUCUUGAUGAUAUCAUGGAUAGCUCUCAUACUCGUAGAGGUCGACCAUGCUGGUUCAGGCUUCCAAAGGUUGGAAUGAUUGCUGUCAAUGAUGGGUUAAUUCUGCGUAAUCAAAUUUUCAGAAUUCUCAAGAAGCACUUUAGAGGAAAGCCUUAUUAUGUGGAUUUGCUAGAUUUAUUCAAUGAGGUGGAAUUUCAAACAGCUUCUGGGCAAAUGAUAGACUUAAUUACCACACUUCAAGGAGAGAAAGACCUAUCAAAGUACUCAUUGUCAAUUCACCGCAGGAUUGUUCAGUACAAGACAGCUUAUUACUCAUUUUACCUUCCAGUUGCAUGUGCAUUGCUUAUGGCAGGAGAGAAUCUUGACAGUUAUACUGAUGUGAAGAAUGUCCUUGUUGAAAUGGGAACCUAUUUCCAAGUACAGGAUGAUUUUCUAGAUUGUUUCGGUGAUCCUGAGGUAAUUGGCAAGGUUGGAACUGAUAUCGAAGAUUUUAAGUGCUCUUGGUUGGUUGUAAAAGCUCUGGAACGUGCAAAUGGGGACCAAAAGAAAUUGUUAUAUGAGAACUAUGGAAAAUCAGAUCAAGCAUGUGUUGCCAAGGUGAAAGAGCUCUAUAAAACCUUGGAUAUUCAGGGUGCAUUUGAGGAAUACGAAACCGAGAGUUAUGAGAAGAUAAUAAAGCAAAACGAGGCUCAUCCAAGCAAAGCAGUACAAGCAGUGUUAAAAUCAUUUUUGGCAAAGAUAUACAGGAGGCAGAAGUAGAAACUUCAACAGCGCACAGAAGAACAAAUAAAUGUCGGAAGACUGGUUCUAAUCUAUUAAGCGUUGGUAUUAUCCAAUUGCAGAUGAAUAAAUGUCGGUCUAAGUACCUAGUCAUCUGAUGACUCUGACAUGGAUUAUUUAGCAAAUCUCUACAUAAUAGUAGUGAAACUGAUGGUCUGAGGAUUGACAUCACAACCAUUUGCCUGUUGUAGGGGAUAUUGAGUAAAACUUGUGCUAGAAUAUUAUGUUAAAGCAGUUUUAAAUGAUUUCAUGCUCCA